UUAAACGGCGACAUUUUUGUCAGAACGACCGAAGCAGCGUAGUCUCCCCCAUCCCUCUCUGGAGAACAGCGACCAAAUUCAUCGACUGUUUCUCAUUGCCAUCUGACUCAUCUUCAUCUUCAUCAUCAUCUCUGUCAUCGAUCUUUGUCAGAAGUCCAAGCAAACGGUUCGAUUCAGCUCUGCGUUCUGAUGUAUCCAUCUUUAAAUCCGGAACCCAAUUUGACAAUAAAGACAUACAUGGCCAUUAUGGCUGAGAGGAAUGCUGCUAUCCGAGAAAGGGAUAUGGCCCUAGAUGAAAGGAGAAGGGUCAUUUCGGAGCGAGACAUGGCAAUGUUUCAACGAGAUGCAGCAAUGGCAGAGCGUAGCAGUGCCAUAGAGGAGAGAGACAAGGCCCUUGCUGUCCUUCAAUUCCCAGAGAGUUCCAUGAACGAGAAUAACACAUCUCCUGAUUCACCUAGAAACAAAAUUAUACACGGAGCAUACCACCUCUGCAAGCAGGAGCAAACACAUUCUGCACCUCAGGCGGCUGACAAUGCGGCUGACAAUGCAUAUCAUCCAAGGGAAAAUCCGGCAAGCCAUCCCUUCCAAAGUAAACCCGAUGCUUGUGAGACUGCGAAGCCCAGGAAGGCGAAACAGACAGAGCAAAUCAAAGGAACUUCAGCAAAGAAAUUCAAGUCUCCAAGAAAGGGGAGAGGGGAGCCUGAAGAUGUUAACCAAGUGACCGUGGCUGCAUAUAGCAGUGAUUGGAAGAUUGAGCAGCAGCAGGACGUGGGUGGUGAAGGAGCUGAAGGCGAGCCAGUCAUGGUGUGGAAGGAGGAUGAUUCGGGGUUAAACCAGGCCAACUGCUCCGAUGGGUCAGCCACAGCCCUGCCUGUGCCGGUUUGCUCCUGCACAGGGGUACCUCAGCGGUGCUACAAGUGGCGCAAUGGCGGGUGGCAGUCAGCUUGCUGCACAACCACGUUGUCGAUGUAUCCUUUGCCUCGGGCAUCCAACAAGCGCCAUGGUCCGGUGGGAGGCAGGAAGAUGAGCGGCAGUGCGUUCGUUAAACUGCUGAAUCGACUUGCAGCCGAGGGCCAUGACCUGUCCGCCUCGCUGGAUCUCAAGAAUCAUUGGGCUAAGCAUGGGACCAACCAAUAUAGCGCCGUGUAGUAGAUUAGAGGUCGUGGCUUGACGUGUCAUGUGUGCUAGCUAUAAUGGAUGUCAUCUGAAAUAGGAAACUUGCCUCUCAACAUUCUCUACUCAUGAACAAUUGAACGAGAAGAUCAAGAGCCCCUACGGUCUAUGCUUGAGAACCACACGUUUAGGGUUUUGGAUUAUUGGGUUCGAGUUUAUUUCCGUACAUUUGUCAAUAAUUUGUAUUUAUUCAAUGGACAUGUUUAUUCACUCAAGAUGAGGGGGUAUGGUGCUGUAGAUUUUAGAGAAUGUGGGAUGGUUUGAAUGUUGUGCGUUGAUCAGGGACUUUUUGAAUUUUUUAUGCUAAAUAAAAAAAAUAAGAUUUUUUGUUUU